UUUGUUCAUUUGUUUGCCAACAGUAUCAGCUGGAAGCCUUAUAAAACUAUCUACUUCAGUAAUUUACUCAUAAUUUACUACGUCCAGCAGAGGGCGCCGGCGUACAGCAGGUGGAGCCACCUCUCCUCACCUCUCCCUCAGCUUCUCCACCGGCUGCUCGGCAGGCAGAGCAAACUUCAGAGCUUUGUGAUGGUCACAUGACGAUGUUGUGGACAUAUUACUCCAAAUGUCAGCGCUUGUUCUCGUCCACAGAGCUGCUGACUGUCUCUGCAGCACUGAGAGACAAAGUGAAGUGUGUGCACGGUGCAUCUCAUGCAGCUUUGAAUGACAGUCUGACAGCUGAAAGAGCCUGGAGUUACAGCUUCGAGACACAUCUUUUUGAGGGGAAUUAUGAGAAACGUGGAGCUGUGAUUUUCAUUUCCAGUUGACAGCUGAUAAGUCAGGAGGAGAUGGAGAACAAGGCCAUGUAUCUGAGCACAUAUGAGGAGAGAGAGAACGGCUCCAUGUAUGAAGAGGCCUACGAUGGACACAACUUGUCCAAACUCAACCUUUGUGAUGAAGGUUCUGCUAAGCGCCGCAGGAAGCAGGAUCAGUGCUGUGGUCACCUGAACUCCCUCUCGGCCAUCAAGUACGCCAUCGUCUCCCUCUACAUCCUGGUUCUUCUCACCAUCUUCGGACUCUGCCUGGCAGUUUCUCGUUCCCAGGUCUCUUCACAGCGCCAGGAGGUGCUGAUGGAGAACGUGACCCGGAUGUCGGAGCGCUCUCGGCUGCUCCAGCAGUCCCUGGGCGAGCCGUCCACUCAGGCCGACCUGCUGGAGAACAUCUGGAAACUGGAGAACCUCUUCCAGAACCACAGCGAUUGGCUGCAGAGGCUGGAGAUCCUCAUCAAGAGCCUGGAGGUGGAGCUGAGGAGCAUCCAGGCACACUCCCUUCAGGCAGAGGGCUACCUCGUGCAGCUGGACGACAGGUUGUCCUCUCUAAGCAGCUCCACAGGCAGGAACGUGACGGGCUUGACUGCGGAGGUGUCCCGAGCCUCCACCUGGCUCCACAGCCAGGACAUCCUGCUCAGGGAGACCUCAGGACAAGUGAGCAAGCUGAGGGAGAAGGUGGAUGAGGUUAACUGGACAGUGGGAGCUGUCAAUCACACCUUCAGCAACGACAUCAGCAUUCACCACUUGAAGAUACAAGACUUGCAGAUCCAGAUCAGCAACAUAACAGAGGACACCAGCAGUUUAUGGGUGACCCACGUCCACACGGAGGCCCAACUGAGAAAUGAGAUGGAGAUCCUCAACACAAUCACCGAAGACCUCCGCCUGAAAGACUGGGAGCACUCCAUGGCCCUGAAGAAUCUCACCAUAUUAGAAGGUCCUCCGGGGCCAAAGGGAGAGAAGGGUGAUACCGGAGCACUGGGGCCCCCUGGGGCACCUGGGUUGACGGGCUUGAGAGGUUUUACAGGAGAAAAAGGCAACCAGGGCCCUCGAGGGUUGAAAGGACCUGUCGGGGUUGACGGCACUCAGGGCGAAAAAGGAGAUGUUGGACCUGCUGGUCCCAGAGGUGACAGAGGAGAACGAGGGUUUAAGGGGGAGAAGGGGGAUCGAGGAGACCGAGGAGACCGAGGAGAGAAAAUAGUGGAGGAGGCCCUGGUGCGGCUGGUGAAUGGGUCAGGUCCUCAUGAAGGCCGUGUGGAGGUUUUCCACGAGCGCCGCUGGGGGACGGUGUGUGACGACGUCUGGGAUAAAAAGGAUGGGGACGUGGUGUGCAGGAUGCUGGGUUACCGAGGAGCCACUGAGGUCCACAAGACUGGACGCUUCGGACAGGGUACUGGUCUGAUCUGGAUGGAUGAUGUGGCUUGUACCGGGACCGAAGACACCAUCCACCAGUGUAAGUUUCCUGGCUGGGGCAAAACCAACUGUGGCCACGUGGAGGAUGCAGGUGUGACCUGCGCCGUCUAGUCCUUCACGACCCCCUGACACUGCUGCAGCGGCCGAGCAUCUCUUCAUGCAGUGCCUUAGACUUUUAAGAAGCUACAAGGAGCACAGCGUCCUCCCAUUGCCAGGUGUGUCACAUUAACAGUCCGUCGGUUUUUUCUUGGUUUUUGACAAACCUGCAAAGAAAAUCUGCAGCUUUUUUUUUUGUUUUUUUGUUUUUUUUUUGGCGGUGGGGGGAGUUCAUAGUUACACAUUUAGCUACAAGACUGAAUCACAGGAGCAAACUUUCAAACUCAUCCAUAUGAGCUGGUACGCAGGGACGAUCCUCAGCGAAGACCUGCGCUGUGGGAAAGAAGUUAAUCCGACGACUUCAUCGUCCCAGACUUCAUCUCCAGGAUCCUGAGGAGCCGAAACGGCACAUAAAGAAACAAGACGGUCACUGACUAAUUGAUGUUUCAUUUACAGGCAGCUGCUCUUCACAAUAUUAUUUAGGAAUGGCUUUUCACUGAUGCUAAACAUACUCAGUAUUGCCUUAUUAUAUAUCAUGUAGCCUUACCCAGCAAGCGGUCACUUGAGGAUUUGCAUGUCCAAAGAGGUUUGAGUCGAGUUAAAACUGGACCAAAACCGGACAAACUGUGUUUUUUUGUUGCCCCGUGUGGUUUUGCGGAAAGGGUUAUCAGCCGCUGCAGUUGAUGAAGUGAUCCUGACGAGCAGAUGAGUAUAAACAGAUGGAUGCAUGGACGCCUGCCCUGUACGAUUUACAGCCGUGGGUUUGUCAGUGCAAGCUGCCAAAAGUUAGGUUGUUUCAGCAUUAAUGCAUAUGUGUAUGCACACACACACACACACACACACAUGCAUGCACACACACAAAAGUUUUUUUUCUCCUUUGAGCUUUAUGCCUCUCUCACUGGGGUUUAAUCUUUAUGGCUGCCCGCAGUCCAAAAAGGCUGGCACCUCUCAAGCGUCCUUGCUCAUUUGUGCUUCUGAGCCAACAGGAGACAUCAAGGCUGGAUUAAAAUAUACACAGGAGCCUGUCUCUGCAUAUCUGAAGAAGGGAAACAGUUUUAGGGCACCUUUUAAAACAUGCAAAACUCACAAACAUACAACAUACAACAACAUACGUUCUUCCCCCCGUAAGGAGCUGCAUGUGAUCCCAUAGUCUUUUUAUGAAAAUUAAUCUGCACACAUGAUGUUUGCGUCCAUACGAGGAAGCCCAGAAAAAAAAAACGUUGGAUUUGAAUUUGACUUUUCAUUCCAGCUCGGCCAGAAAUGGCUCUCUCUACCUCGUGUUCAUGUGCCUCAGUGCUGUUUUUAACCAUCACUCUGCCACAGGAGAAGGCAAAUUAUAGAAGGAAAAAAGGGGGGAGUCUGAGGGAAGGGAAAAUGAGGUGAGAAACCAGACUCAGUAGACUGAUGUGUCUCCAGAGAAGCAGGAGGAAGACAAAAAGGGACUCACUUGAUAGUUUUUUGUCGUACCUUUAGGAUUUGACUCCCAACAGCACUGACUGGUUGACUCGUUCAUCAUUUUCAUUCGCUCAUCCUUAACUGCAAGGUUUGUAAAGUGUUUGAUAAAAGCAAUAAUGAAUAUUUCUCACAGGGCACUCUUUGACACCAAUAGCAGAAUGUGUGGCUGCCUCUAUCCCAGGUACAUUAUAUCAUUAUUAUGCACUUUACAGCUGAAAACAUCAGAUGAUCAAUCAGCGAGAUGAUCAGCAGUAAAUUAAUCAGCUACGUUUUCUGGCUACGGCUUCUCGAAUAUUUGCUGCUUUUGUCCGUUUGUUGCUGUUGGUUGGAGAAAACAAGACAUUUGAAAAUGUCAGAUGUGCUCUGAGAAAUCUGACAUUUUUCACCGUUUUUGCUUGUUUUAUGAACCAAGCUAGCAAUCUGUUAAUCGGGAAAACAACUGGCAGAUAGAUCAGUUGUGAACACAAUCAUUAGAUGCUUGACUUGAUGCCUUGUAGCGGUCAGACUUUGAACCAGCGCACAUCACAGAUGCAGCAGAUAUCUCAGAUGUCAGGCGGGAGGAAUUCUUCACUCAGUGAGUUAAAGUGAAAAUUCAGCAAAAUAAAGCAGCUGACGACAAUGGAGCCUCUUCGCGAAGAACAACAGGAACAAAGCGAACACAAGACGGUACAAGUUAUGUUCAGGACGUUUUGUUUUGGGGUUGUUUUUUUUUUCUCUACGUUGUUAUGAGUGAAUGGAACACAUUAAAGCUUAACAAGGCUGCAGAGUUUUAUGCUUUCCAGCUAAUGUGUGCAUGAUUGAGUGUAAUCCUCUAAAACACACACACACACACACACACACACACACACACUCAGUAUCUGCUCUGUUUCUCUGUGCAGCACCACACUGCAGCUGAGUGCAUGCAGGCCUGAUCCUCAUGUCUCUUCUUCAUCUUCUGGAGGCGUCGUGUUACGUUACACACAACGCUUUCACUGUGGAGUUGGUACAUAAAGCUCUGCCUGUCUAACACAACAGCCAAAGAUAACACCAAGGGCUCCUUUGGUGUAUUUUCUACUCUGCUUAUUUGUCAUCUCCUCUGUUUCAACCAGGGAAGCAAGCAAAAUAUUAUGGAGUGAAAUUCCUCUGAAACAUUUACUCAGAAAAUACUUUGUGUUUACACAGGUUUGAGUCUGUUUUAUUCCACGAUAUUGAUAGGAACACGCCUUUAAUGUUCAUUAAAGCUCCGUUGUACAAUAAAGAGUCUUGAUACAAGCAGGAAGUCAAUGCAGCUCACUCAUGGCGGCGUUCCCAGCUUUUGUUUCCACGCCUGUCUGCCACUGAGGAGAUGCAGUUUAUCAGCUUAUUUGCCAUUUCCUUACUCACUCAAGAGCUCCAAAGUGGGAGAAGUAAAGACGUCCAAGUGAAAAUAGAUAAAUAUCCUGACUUUUUCUAUCCUCAGAGUGUGAUGUUUGCUGGAAAAAUACUGAGUGUUUGAUCUACUCUGAUCUCACUCCUCGUUGUUCUCGGUGUCCUCCAGCAGAUUGGACUGGAGCUCGCAUAACAGAAGUAAAACCUGUUUAUGGCAGGAGCUUCUCUCAUCCGUGACCAUGACGUUAAUGAUCUUGGCCCCCCAAGAUCAUUAACGUCAUGGUGGUGGUGGGAGGGGCAGCAGCCGAGGUUAACUACAGCUGCUUAUCGUGUCCGGAGAUUACUGCGGUGAAUUUGAGUAACUAUGUGGUGUUACAUCUAAGAUGUUUUAGUUACAGAUAAAUUAGGUGAUAAGUGAUAAGGAUUGUUGCUGUGUGCACUUUCCAAAUCAGACCUCAUUUCCUGUGUAUGGAUUACAUUACCUUUGUGUUCUGCUAUCAAGAGGAGGUCAGACAGGACAUGAUGAUAAAAUUUGAGUAUGUUUUUAUUAAGCAGAUUAAUGAGAAAAUAUCAGAAUCCCCUGCGGCCUGUUUGCAUAUGAAGAAGACACUCAGAGGUGCAGUUUAUUUUGAUGAGGGUUCCUGACAACAUGGCUGCCGACCUUCAUCUCCUGGUGUAACGUUGCUGCUUCGGGGAGAUGCUGCAGUUUACAUGUAGGGGAUAAUCACACAAUAAUAAUCACAGGGGAUAAACUGGACUGUAGUUUAUUCCUUUUGUUUUUCUUCACUGCUUCUGAUUGGAGAAACACGUUUGUCACUGCGACUGUGAAAUUAGAGCAGCCCAGUCACCUAUCAGAACCUUAUGGGCCCAGUUCACGCAGCAGAGGCGCCACCAGCGUCCCCUCGAGUUGACCGUCUCCCCGCGGCCAAAUGUGUUUCGGCUGACGUCCGUUCUCCGUGAAGUUGCAGCCUAUCAGAUGUCAGAAGGAUAAAAGUGUUGUGAUGUGACUUCCUGAUUGGCUAGAGGCCCACUGACCUCACAUCAAGGCUUCGAGCCCCAUCGGGGGUCACAUACCUCGAAUGCUUUGACUUUGAGAACGUAAAGCAGUCUAAUGUCAUUACCUUUGAAAGUGAGAACACAUCGCAGACUAAGUGCACUUAACCACUUAAAUGUCUUUUUUUUAAUCUGUGUCUAUUUUUGUUGUACAAAAACCUGCUACUCUGGCUCAUAACGGCUCUAUUCAUAUACGCGUGUCUGUUUUUUAUUACAUUGUGCUGGUCAUACAAGGGCUCUGGAGUUAACAACUUAAGUGCAAAAAUAAAAGCCUAAAUCAAACAUAAGUUAUAAAGUUCUUCACGUUUGCUUUAAAAAGUACACAUUUUACUCCAUGUUCUGUUGAUUGUACCACUAAAAUGCUGUAUAUGCACUGCUGAAAUAAUAAUAAUAAUAAUAAAAAAGUAGAUUUGUUUAAACAGGUGAACUCUGUUAUUCCCGAAAACACUGAGAGGAGGUGAAUUGGAAACAGGCACUUUUAGGAUGUCAACAGGUGAAGCGAGAGGGAGGAAGCUGACUCCCCUGUGUGUGAGUGUGUGUGUGUGUGUGUGUGUGUGUG